GUUCCAGUUUGGGUUUGGGUUUACAUUACGCCUUACGGUUUAGUUUAGUUUCAUGCGUUCACCGCGCAACAAGUAGAUAAGUCAGUAGUAAAAACGUGUUCGGACUUGUUUAUUUGUGAAUAUUUUUUGUCAAUUUAAAUAUAGACAAAUGACACAGUGACCAAUAAAAAAAAAUGCGGUAACAGAAAACUAUUUCACCACGAAAAACUAUAAAGUAAUGGGUAUUUCAAAUAAACCACGAGGAAGAUGAUGAUGACGACGAAGAAGAAGCAAGAGAAGGAAAAAGGAAAGUCAUAACAGAAGCUAAUUUGAGUACAGUGUUGGAGAAGAGAUAAGAAAAUUCUUAUUUAGCUCUCGACGCUGCUUACUCGUGGACCAACUCUAGUAGAGCGCACAUAUAUCUAUAUCUAUAUAUAUAUAUAUAUAUAUAUCAGUAAAUGUAAUAUGUAAGGAAAAAGAACGUCAGUAAUACUAACAAGUAACAAGUUUUAUUAUAAAGACCGAAGACGAAACAGAAGCACAAGCCCGCGUGCAAUUAAAUCCAGUACGCGGCCCGCGAUUCAAAGUUUUAUUCAACCCGCGGUCUCUCUACUUGCCAGCACUCGUAUCUCCACACGUGCAUUUACUCCUAUAUAUUUAUAUAAAAAAAACUGCAUUCAAAAUAAAUCCGCUGGCAAUCGAUUAGUAUAAAGUGUUUGUGAGAUUAAACUCGAUAAAGUGCGUCAAUAAGUAUUUUUAAAAUUUAUUUUAUUGAGUUUUAAAGCACGUACGAAUUAUUUUAAUCGGAUUUAUAAAAUUAUAUUUAAAUAAUUGUUUGAACUUUAUCAAUUAUUUAUUUUUGUAUGCCAGUCAGUAGUCUCAAGUUAAUGAUUGACAGGAGUUUAAUUUAAAAAGACCGGAGACUCGAAGAAACGAAAAAAAAAAAAAUAAUAAUAAAUAAAUAAACAGAGAAAAUGUGCGGGAGUUUGUACAAGUGAUUAAACUACUACACGUGUUCGUUCAUGAGUUUAAAAUAAAAAUUGUAAGAGAGGAAUUAAUUUUAAAGAAAAGAUAGAGAUUAAAUACUAAAAGGAUUAUCAAGAUGAACGUGACUACAGACUUGAGAAUGAUCCAGGAUCACGAUCAUGGAUAUCAACAAGCUUAUCCACGAGCCGUGACAAUUACUGCGGCUGUUUGCGCGAUACUAUUUAGCAUCAUUGGCGUUCUUGGUAAUUUAGUAACAGUAAUAGCACUAUUAAAAUAUACUAGAUUACGAAGACAUGCAACAACAGCAUUUGUUAUAAGUUUAAGUAUAUCAGAUUUAAUAUUUUCCGCUGUAAACUUACCAUUAACAGCAAGCAGAUAUUUAAAUGAGGCAUGGGUACUCGGCGAAACACUUUGUCAAAUAUUUCCGCUAUUUUUUUACGGCAAUGUUGCUGUAUCUUUGCUGAGUAUGGUCGCCAUAACUGUCAACAGAUACGUUUUAAUAUCAAAGUCUGAUAUUUAUGCGAGACUUUAUACAAAUCGAGGAAUAACAAUAAUGUUGAUAGCGAUAUGGGUAAUUAGUUUUUCGCUACUUCUUCCACCAUUAACUGGAAUUUGGGGGAAACUUGGACUUGAUCAUAAGACAUUUUCAUGCACAAUACUGCAUAAAAAUGGCAAGAGUCCGAAAAAAAUGCUGUUUGUCAUAGGAUUUGUAAUACCCUGUGUUGUAAUAAUUGUAUCUUACCUCUGUAUUUACUGGAAAGUAAGACAAAGUCGUAAAAAUUUAGAAGCACAUAUGGUUAACGGCGGUAUGAGACGUAACACUGGAUUUCAAAGGCGUGAAGAUUCUCGAGUAACAAAACUUAUGCUCACCAUAUUUUUAUGUUUUUUGCUAUGUUUUUUGCCACUCAUGCUGGUCAACGUCAUCGACGACAAGGUCAAAAUCCCAAUUAUACAUGUGGUUGCUUCAAUACUGGCAUGGGCAUCUUCUGUUAUCAAUCCUUUUAUUUAUGCCGGUACUAAUAAACUAUACAGAGAAGCUUACAGGCAGGUACUGUGCCCAAUUACCAACAGCAAAAGUAAUGUACCCGUAAAACCCACGGGUUCCCAUUCGAGUAAAGUUUCAUCACAUCAAAUAACUUAAAUUUUUAUUAUUUUAUAUGCAUGUAUAUGAGGCAUUCCAUGCCAAGUCGGACAGUUUGGAAGAUUUUAAUUUUUUAUUUCUUUCAUUUUUUGAUAUUUUGUAGUACCCAUCAAAAAACUCUUCCUGGUAAAUUUUAACAUCUUGUUGAUAACCUAUUCAAAAAUAAUUUUUAGAAAAAAAUAUGAACAAAUAUUUGAAAAUAUUUUUCUGUGUGAUUUUCAAGUUUUUAAUUUUGAAUUUGUUUUUCAAAGUUCGGAUAUUUUGAUUUUUUUGAAAAUUUUUUAUAAUAAACUACCAUCUUUUCCACAACUUAAAAGUUCGGUCUGGUCGUGGAACUCCGUGGCUAUUAUUUUUUUUCGAUUGUUGAAAAUUUGAAAAAUUUUGUUUUCUCUAUUAAUCAAUAUGAAUACCAAUUUUUGUCACUAUUUAUUAUUUUUGAAGUUCUUUUAAGUAGUUUUUAUAAUUUUUCACUGUAAACAGAUGUUUAAAAUUAAUAAUUAAGAUUAAUAGACAAAACAAAAUUAUUCGAAUUUUCAAAAAUCGAAAAAAAAUAAUAGCCAUGAAAGUCUCACGAUCAGACCAGGCUUAAAAGUUGUGGAAAAGAUUGCAGUUUAUUAUAAAAAGUUAAAAAAAAAAUCAAAAUAUCCAUGAGUUUUGAAAAAAAGAUUCAAAGUUUAAAACUUGAAAAUCACAUAGAAAAAUAUUUCAAAAAAUUUGCUCGUAUUUUUUUCGAAAAAAAAUUACACAAAAAAAUAAAAUUUUCAAAAAAAAAGUUUUGAUCUGGUCAUUGAAAAAAUCUCAAAAUUUACAAGAAAGAUUUUUGAUGGGUACUACAAAUUAUCAAAAAAUAAAAGAAAUCAAAAAUUAAAAUUUUUCAAACGUCCGAUUUUGCAUGGAAUGCCCAUAAGCUUAUUAUUAUUAAUAAGUGAUUUCCAAAUACAGUCAGACCGCGUUAUAAGAUUAUCAUUCUGUCUUUUUUAUAACCCAGGUAUCGCGAUAGUUUGAGAGAGAAACUAAUAGUCUUACAAUUAGGUUCUACUGUAUAUGUAACGAUCAAUAAUUUAAUUAUAAAAGUUACAAAAAGUACUUUAUCUGUUUUUUUAAAUAUCAUCCGAUUAACCGGAAUAAAUUUAAAAAAAAGUUUUUUUUUUAUAAAUGUUUGUUCUGUUUGAUUUAUAUUUAUAAUUAAGCAUUAAGUACUGUACUCACUAAUUAUAGUUUUUUUUUAUUAUUAAACUCGUGUAUAAAUUUAAAAAUAUAUCGCUUAUG